AUGUACUUCCUUCGUUUUGUGGUCGCAGCAUUUUUGGUUCCAGCUAUAUUAUGUUACGAUGCGGAGUACGACAAAUUGGACACUGAUAAAAUUCUUGCAGAUGAUGCAUUGUUCUCUUCAUAUAUUGAUUGCUUUCUGGAUAAGGUACCCUGUACAGCUGAAUAUUCUAGUGAAUUCAAAAAAAUACUUCCAGAAGUUAUAAAAGAAUCGUGUGGUAAAUGUUCUCCACUGCAAAAGCAAAACGUAAGGAAAAUAGUAAAAACUCUGUUCGAGAGGAUGCCGGAAAAUUCUAAGGAAUUCAAGAAAAAAUACGACCCAAAUGGCGAAUAUGAGGCUGAUUUUAUGGCGUUUGUAAACGGUGCAGACUAA